GCUUUCUCCGGAAAGCUUUUAUAAAACGAGUUUUUUCUAACUAGUCAACAUUUUACUAAGUUGGUGCAUUUUGAAGGCAACAGAUGCACAAUUUCCACUUUUGCUUCACAAUUAAUGAAUAUAGAGGAUACGUCUAAUGUCGAACUUUAAGACUAUAAAGGCAUUGUGCUUUUUGUGCAUCAUGGCCAGCAUCAAGGCAAAGGAAUCUAGUGAAGUAAAACAUAUCUUUGAGCUACUUGAAGUGGUUCCCGAUGUUAUACCAAGCGCGCCUAACCAGUUUCUCAAGGUGACAUAUGACAACGCCUUAGAAGUACAACCAGGCGCAGAACUAACUCCAACACAAGUGAAAUCGCAGCCAUUAGUUGAAUGGGCCGCAGAUCAUGAUGCUUUUUAUACUCUCAUAAUGACAGAUCCAGAUGCACCAAGUCGUAGGGAACCAACAUUUCGCGAGUUCAAACACUGGCUAGUUGGUAAUAUUCCAGGCAAUGAUAUUUCCCAAGGUGAAGUUCUGGCCGCUUAUGUGGGAUCAGGGCCACCGCAGGGCACCGGUCUGCAUCGAUAUGUAUUUCUACUAUACAAACAAGCGGGUAAACUGGAAUUCCUUGAAGAACGAGUGGGCAAUAAUAGUCGUAAUGGCCGUCCGAAAUUCCGUGCUGCCGGUUUUGCUGAGAAAUAUGGCCUCGGUGAGCCCGUGGCAGCAAAUUUUUAUCAAGCCCAAUGGGAUGAAUAUGUACCCACUGUUCACAAGCAAUUAUCCGGCAAUUAAAAAUAUUAAUAGUUGCAGUGUGGAAGACAGGAACACAAUUUAAAAACGUUACAACUGUUACAAUUAACCAUACAAAAUACUAAAUAAAAAAUAUACCUUUUUACUGUUUUUUUAUCAAUUA